ACAGAUAUAUCAUUACGAAACUCUAAUUUCUAAUUUGCUUCGACAAACCCGAAUCAGCAAAAUGCAAAAAAUGUUUCUGUUUUCUCUUAUUGUAGCAGCAAUAUGGAACCAAGGAUUGGCGUUAACUUGUUAUGAAUGUCUCUACUGCAACUCGGUUAGUUCUUCUGACGUUUCUGAAGUUUGUUCCGACAUCUCAGGGCUGACAACAAUGUGCAUCAAAGUAGAGGGAACCGUAUGGGGCAUUGGCACAACAGCGCGGGGUUGUGGAUACGGAACGUCAGAAACAUGCAGUUCGUCCUCUUUUUACGGGAUUACUGGAACCGUUUGCUACUGUGCCACAGAUCUCUGCAACGGGGUUGGAGUCAACGGGGCUGAAGUCAACGGGGCUGAAGUCAACGGGGCUGAAGUCAACGGGGCUGAAGUCAACGGGGCUGCAGUCAACGGGGAUGCAGUCAACGGGGCUGAAGUCAACGAGGCUGAAGCCGUCAAAAUCAGCGUCAUGGUGGGAUCUCUCAUUGCCGGAAUCCUGGCAAAGAUACUGAUGUAGCUCUGAAGAAAUAUUUUUAUGAAUUCAUUUUUAUCUUAUUCAUUUUCGCCAGAAGUGUGUAAAGUAUAUAUUUCUGGAUACUUUUUGAA